CCACUUUCAAAAUGUUUUUGUAAAUCAAAUUCGUCCUUUGUUGUUACAAUACUAACCCGGGGACAUAUUCCCCAGUGUGAUCCAUAUCGUCUCUGCCUCGGUUUGGCGAUCGAUCGCGAGGAACCCAAUGUCGCCACAUAUAAUGCGAUUUCUGUGGUAGGAUGAGAACUCCGGUGUCACGCUUCAGGGACGUCGAGAGGCAGUCCAACACCCUGCAGCCCGCUCCGUGUCUUCCACCCUGUCAUGAGCAGCCGAACACAAUGUGGUUCAUCAAGGAUGCCUGCGGCAUCGUGUGCGCGGUCAUCACCUGGUUUCUCGUCUUCUUCGCCGAUUUCGUGGUCUUGUUCGUCAUGCUCAUUCCAUCCAAGAACCUGACCUACAGCCUUGUGAAUGGCACCCUGUUCAACAGCCUGGCUUUCCUCGCCCUGGCGUCUCAUUUCAGGGCCAUGUGCACUGACCCGGGAGCCGUGCCAAAGGGAAACGCCACUAAAGAGUACAUCGAGAGCUUACAGCUGAAGCCAGGCCAGGUGGUUUACAAAUGUCCCAAAUGCUGCAGUAUUAAACCUGAUAGAGCUCACCACUGCAGUGUCUGCAAGCGCUGCAUACGGAAGAUGGACCAUCACUGUCCUUGGGUAAACAAUUGUGUCGGGGAAAGUAACCAGAAGUACUUUGUGCUUUUCACAAUGUACAUUUCUCUCACCUCUCUGCACACCCUAGUCAUGGUGGUUCUUCAUUUCCUCUACUGUUUUGAAGAUGACUGGACAAAGUGCAGUUCCUUCUCCCCCCCGGCCACUGUCAUCCUCCUCAUCCUCCUGUGCUUUGAGGGCCUCCUCUUCCUCAUCUUCACCUCUGUGAUGUUUGGCACCCAAAUCCAUUCCAUCUGCACAGAUGAGACGGGCAUAGAGCAGUUGAAAAAGGAAGAGAGAAGAUGGUCUAAAAAAACAAAAUGGAUGAACAUGAAGGCGGUAUUCGGACACCCCUUCUCAAUAGCAUGGGUUAGCCCGUUUUCAACGCCCGAACACGGGAAAGCCGAUCCGUAUCAGUAUGUGGUCUGAGUUCAGGAAGCUUUAAGCUAGAGACUGGAGUGCACUUGGAUCCCUCACAUAAACUAAUGCCUCAGCGUCUUUUCAUGUGUUUGUAUUCUAGACCAUUUACCUAAAUCACCUCAUUUUUCUUUUCUUCUUUUAGGGAACAAAUGGUUGUGCAUCCAAUGAUUCUUUCCUAUUUAAAAAGAAAGUUGAAGCUUUACAUUAAUCAUGUUGUAAUCUCUCUAGCAUUUCUGCCUGGCUACGCUGAAAUGAAGACGAAUGAUGGUGGAAAUAAUAGAAGCCAUACAUUUCCUAUUGUUAUCUCUCUAGAAGUUUUCAAAAUGAUGACAUUACUUUUGAAUUACUUGGAAACUUAAAUUUUUGUCCCUUCCUAUAACUUGCCAUGGUAACUAAUGUGAGAGAACUGAUAACCGUUCACAAAAUGAUAUAUUACGCUUAAAGUAUAUUACAAAUAAAAACAGGCUUUUACAUGAUUUGGGCCACUUUUGAAACUAAUGAUAAUCUUUAUUAUAAUCUAAUAUUAUAAUAAGAUUUUAUCACUUAAAAAAGGUGUCAAUUUCUCCACUUACUUUACGCUCUUUAUGAUACAGUAUAUACAGUCUAUUAUACAUUUGGGGAUGGUUUACGUGGUUUGAAAUGAUGAUUAAGGGUGAGGAAAUUGUGUGAAGUACAUCUAUAUACAGGGAUAUUGUGGAUAUAUUCUCUGGUUUACUCCAUGUUACUCCAUUGUUUUAGUUAUUUCAGAUAUUUUAAAUUUGAUGAAUGUACAUUUUUGUUAUGAAUGAAAGACAUGAUUUUCAAGUGUAUAUAAAAGACAAUCGUUCUUUUGACAAUGGGUGAAUUAAAAACAUGAAAAGCCUUGGA